AUGAAGACGAGCCGCCGCGGCCGAGCGCUCCUGGCCGUGGCCCUGAACCUGCUGGCGCUACUCUUCGCCACCACCGCCUUCCUCACCACGCACUGGUGCCAGGGCACGCAGCGGGUGCCCAAGCCGGGCUGCGGCCAGGGCGGGAACGCCAACUGCCCCAACUCGGGCGCCAACGCCACGGCCAACGGCACCGCCGCCCCCGCCGUCCCCGCCGCCCCCGCCGCCGGGAACGGCCCCCCUGGCGGCGCGCUCUACAGCUGGGAGACGGGAGACGACCGCUUUCUCUUCAGGAAUUUCCACACCGGCAUCUGGUACUCGUGCGAGGAGGAGCUCGGCGGGCUCGGUGAAAAAUGCCGCAGUUUCAUUGACCUGGCCCCGGCUUCAGAGAAAGGGGUCCUGUGGCUGUCGGUGGUCUCUGAGGUCCUCUAUAUCCUCCUGCUGGUGGUUGGCUUCAGCCUCAUGUGUCUGGAGCUCUUCCACUCCAGCAAUGUCAUCGACGGGCUCAAGCUCAAUGCUUUCGCGGCUGUCUUCACGGUGCUUUCAGGCCUCCUGGGAAUGGUAGCCCACAUGAUGUACACGCAAGUGUUCCAGGUCACCGUGAGCCUCGGCCCUGAAGACUGGAGACCCCAUUCCUGGGACUACGGCUGGUCCUUCUGCCUGGCGUGGGGCUCCUUUACCUGCUGCAUGGCAGCCUCUGUCACCACGCUCAACUCCUACACCAAGACGGUCAUUGAGUUCCGGCACAAGCGCAAGGUCUUUGAGCAGGGCUACCGGGAGGAGCCGACCUUCAUAGACCCUGAGGCCAUCAAGUACUUCCGGGAGAGGAUGGAGAAGGGGGACAGGCACGAGGAGGAGGACUUUCGCUUGGACUGCCGCCACGAGAGAUACCCCGCCCGUAAGUGGCCUCAGCUGCAGGAGCCGGCGCUGCGGAUUCGAGAUGCACCAAGGAUGCCCAGAGUGACUCUGAGGAGCAAGCGUGGCGGGCACCCUGAGGCCUGGGGCUGUGAAGCGCGAAGUGAUGGGGGAGGGCAGCAGGCCGAGCGCGAGACGACAGGGGCGGGUGGCGAGUGUGGUGACUGGGGAGCCGCUGCCCGGGCUCGGGGCCAGCUCUGGCUUUUGGGACCAUCUGGUAACACGGACCAGAGCUGCCACGGCUUCCAGUUUUUCCAGAGAAGCAAGGAAUUGGCAGACCAGUGCAGUCAGUCAAUCCCGAGGAGGCUGAGGGUGAGGCUGAGUGAUGGUGGCGGUGGGGAAGGGGAGGUGCUGGAGCCUCAGGAAGGGACCAUGCUGUUCUAG